GUGGGCCGGUGGUAAUCCCAGCGGCCCAUUGGCCUGACCCUUUGCACUCAACCCACCUCCUGCCAGACCAACAUGCGACACCCACCCACCCCCUGAAACCUUAACGAACCCACUGAGCCGCACGGCCAAAGAGCUGCUUUAAACCGGGGCCCUAAUCUAAUCUAAAGUCAUCUGAACUAAUCCGCAGCAGCAGCAGCAGCAGCAGCAGCAGCAGCAGCAGUGGUCGAGCCAACAUUCACUCAGAUGAGUGAUGUGGAAGAUGAAGAGAUGCCGGAGCUUUCCACCUGACACACAGAUUCCAGUCUGAGCAGCACCAAUGUUCUGGCAAUGUGACUGAUUGAUCCAGUAGAUGAACAGUAAAGAUUAAGAGGAUGACAAAUAAGCAUGCUGCUUACACAGCGCUUGGGGCUAAUCCUACCCCCUCCACCCCCUGGACUCCCUUUUGAGGAGCUGCCACCGAGGAGCACCCACAGACAGCGACCGACCCCGGCGGCCACAGGGAAGGACACACAACCUGUUGACGUGCAACAAGUGUCAGCUCAAGCUCAUGGCAGGACCCCAGCCCAUCUGCAUCUCCACACCAGAGCCUGCAGCACAGUAGAGGCUCAACCUGCCAUCUGUCCACUGGGGACCAUCAGAGACCUUACAGCUACACAUUUCAACUUUUCACAAGUGCGUUUAGCUGCAACAAACUCAAAAGGAACUUGAACUUUUUGCGUAUUGAUCCUGGACGUUGUGUCUUUUCAAGAGGAACAAGUACUUUACAACAAAGUUUCUCAUCUCCAGUCGUCGUCAUCUAUCAAGGAGACAUUUUCAGUGGAAAAUGAUGGAGGAUCACCUGUCGAAGAUCCCCAUGAUGCCGUCCUCUUCCCCCACUGAGUCGUCUGCCAGCGGCGGGACUGAUGACAGCAGAGGAGCCAAGAGUCCAGCCCCGGGCAAAGCUCUGAGCCCAGCUCUGGUCUGCAAAGUGUGUGGAGACACCAGCAGCGGGAAACACUAUGGCAUCUACGCCUGCAACGGCUGCAGCGGCUUCUUCAAACGCAGUGUGAGGAGGAGGCUCAUUUACAGGUGUCAGGCUGGUACAGGCAUGUGUCCAGUGGACAAAGCUCAUCGCAACCAGUGCCAGGCCUGUCGGCUGAAGAAGUGCCUUCAGGCAGGCAUGAAUAAGGAUGCGGUGCAGAAUGAGCGGCAGCCCCGCAGCACAGCUCAGGUCCGUCUGGACUCUAUUGAUGUGGACCCGGAGAAGGAGCACCUGGCCACCACACGGGAGCCCACCUCCUCUUCCUCCUCUUCUUCCUCCUCCUCCUCCUCUUCCUCCAGUGGCUCUGUCAUCACGUGGCCCCACAUCACCUCCUCCAUGUCCAUCACCUCCUCUGUCGCCCCCCAGCGCUGCAUCAGUCCCCAGAACAACCACCGCUUCAUGGCCAGCCUCAUGACGGCUGAAACCUGCGCCAAGCUGGAGCCCGAGGACGUUGACGAGAACAUUGAUGUAACCAGCAAUGAGCCGGAGAGAGCGUCCUCAGAGUAUCACAUGGCUCUGUAUCCGUCCAGCUCUGAGAACGUGUAUGAGACCUCAGCGAGGCUGCUCUUCAUGUCAGUGAAGUGGGCCAAAAACCUGCCGGUGUUUUCCAACCUGCCCUUCAGAGACCAGGUGAUCCUGCUGGAGGAGGCGUGGAGCGAGCUCUUCCUGCUCUGUGCCAUCCAGUGGUCUCUGCCUCUGGAAAGCUGCCCGCUGCUCUCUCUUCCAGACCUUUGCCCUGGCAUGCAGGGGAAAACCAGCUACACCAGCCUGGACUUACGCCUCCUGCAGGAGGUCUUCAGCCGCUUCAAGGCCCUCGCUGUUGAUCCCACAGAGUUUGCCUGCCUCAAAGCCAUUGUGCUCUUCAAGCCAGAGACUCGCGGUUUGAAAGAUCCAGAACAAGUGGAGAACCUGCAGGAUCAGUCUCAAGUGAUGCUUGGACAACACAUCCGCUCACAUUAUCCCAGUCAACCAGCCAGGUUUGGAAAGCUGCUUCUUCUUCUUCCCUCUCUGCGUUUUGUGAACUCAGAGCGGAUAGAGCUGCUGUUCUUCCACAGGACCAUUGGAAACACUCCCAUGGAGAAGCUUCUGUGUGACAUGUUCAAAAACUAAAAACCCAUCACCCAGAAAUCCAUGCAGUCAUCAAAAAAUCUAAUCUCCUGGUUUGGAGGAAUGAUAUUUGACAGAUAACUUGCUUUGUAUUUCUGUAUACAUAUCAGAGAUUCUGUGUGCUGUUGUUUUUUUUUUUUUUAAUUUUAUUUUUCAAAGGACACUUUAUUAUUUGUUGUUUCCACAUCAGGUUGCUCUUAAGAUGAAAAUGCAAUUCACCUCUCAUCAUCAUGCUUGCUGUCUGUAUUAUAUUUAGAUAUUUAGACCUCACAAUCACAAUUCAUCCACUAGUAUUUUUCUGGUUUUGUGGUUUUUUUUUUUGUUUGUUUGUUUUUUUUUUUGAAAAUUAAAAUGCAGAUCUUUAUGUGUUUGGUGAU